CCAAUCCCGCCUCUGGGGCGCACCCGGGCCGCCUUUCCGGGCCUGCAGAUUCCUCCAGCCCGCCCCGCCCCUCGGACUCCCGGGGCCGCCCCCGGACCCCUUUCGCGCCCGGCCUCGCGGCGGCGGCGGCGGCGGCGACUCGGCAACGCUCCGCCGCGUCCCCGAGUCGCGGGAGUCAGGCGCGGCGCGCCCCGGACUCAUAUACCAGGCUGCCUUCUAGAAGUCUCACCUGGAAGUUCCUGCACAAACACUGCUCGCUGUACGUGCCCUACACUGAACCCUUCCACAUUCUCUGUCUCCGCAGGGGCAGCCUUCCACCACGGAGAGCCCAGCUGUCAGCUGCCUCACGGGAAGAUGCUGUGUGGACCGGGCAGCACGGGUAUGCGUGUGGCCACUGCCCUGGGAGUGCUGUGGUUCUGCCUCGCAGGCGCCGCAGUGGAAGUCCGGAUCCCUGAAGACCCCGUGGUGGCCCUCCUGGGCACUGACGCCACCCUGCGCUGCUCCUUCUCACCCGAGCCCGGCCUCAGCCUGGCACAGCUCAACCUCAUCUGGCAGCUGACAGACACCAAACAGCUGGUGCACAGCUUCGCCUGGGGCCGCGACCAGGGCAGCGCCUAUGCCAAUCGCACUGCGCUCUUCCCAGACCUGCUGGCUCAGGGCAACGCGUCCCUGAGGCUGCAGCGCGUGCGCGUGACUGAUGAGGGCAGCUUCACCUGCUUUCUGAACAUCCGGGACUUUGGCAGCGGCAGCGCCGCGGUCAGCCUGCAGGUGGCAGCCCCCUACUCAAAGCCCAGCCUGACCCUGGAGCCCAACAAGGAUCUGCGGCCCGGGGACACGGUGACCAUCACGUGCUCCAGCUACCGGGGCUACCCCGAGGCCGAAGUGUUCUGGCGGGAUGGGCAGGGUGCGCUCUUGACCGGCAACGUAACCACGUCGCAGACGGCUAAGGAGCAGGGCUUGUUUGACGUGCGCAGUGUCCUGAGAGUGGUGUUGGGCGCUAAUGGCACCUACAGCUGCCUGGUGCGCAACCCCGUGCUGCAGCAGGACGCUCAUGGCUCUGUCACCAUCACACCGCAUAGAAACCCCACAGGCGCUGUGGAAGUCCAGGUUCCCGAAGACCCCGUGGUAGCCCUCGUGGGCACUGACGCCACCCUGCGCUGCUCCUUCUCUCCCGAGCCCGGCUUCAGCCUGGCACAGCUCAACCUCAUCUGGCAGCUGACAGACACCAAACAGCUGGUGCACAGCUUCGCUGAGGGCCGCGACCAGGGCAGCGCCUAUGCCAAUCGCACUGCGCUCUUCCCAGACCUGCUGGCUCAGGGCAACGCGUCCCUGAGGCUGCAGCGCGUGCGCGUGGCUGAUGAGGGCAGCUUCACCUGCUUCGUGAGCAUCCGGGACUUCGGCAGCGCUGCGGUCAGCCUGCAGGUGGCAGCCCCCUACUCAAAGCCCAGCAUGACCCUGGAGCCCAACAAGGACCUGCGGCCUGGGGACACGGUGACCAUCACGUGCUCCAGCUACCGGGGCUACCCCGAGGCCGAAGUGUUCUGGCGGGAUGGGCAGGGUGCGCCCUUGACUGGCAACGUAACCACGUCGCAGAUGGCUAACGAGCAGGGCUUGUUCGACGUGCGCAGUGUCCUGAGAGUGGUGUUGGGUGCUAAUGGCACCUACAGCUGCCUGGUGCGCAACCCCGUGCUGCAGCAGGACGCUCAUGGCUCUGUCACCAUCACAGGGCAGCCCAUGACAUUCCCCCCUGAGGCCCUGUGGGUGACCGUGGGGCUCUCUGUCUGUCUCGUCGCACUGUUGGUGGCCCUGGCCUUCGUGUGUUGGAGAAAGAUCAAACAGAGCUGUGAGGAGGAGAAUGCAGGCGCUGAGGACCAGGAUGGGGAUGGAGAAGGAUCCAAGACGGCCCUGCGGCCUCUGAAACACUCUGAAAGCAAAGAAGAUGAUGGACCAGAAAUAGCCUGACCACGAGGACCAGGGAGCUGCUGCCCUGCCCUGGGGCUCCCACCUCUGGCUGCACUGGGGCCUCAGUGUGAGCCCUGGGCUGGGGGCUUCUCUGCCCUUAACAGAUGGCUUCUACUCUAGCGGGUCUACUCAUUCUGCAAAGGACACGAUACAUAGACCACCCCGCAGCCUUAUUUCUCCGAUGGACAUGAUUCCCAAGUCAUCCUGCUGCCUUAUUUCUCCAGUGACACGAUACAUAAAUCAUCCUGCUGCCUUAUUUCUCCAAUGGAUAUGCCACAUGGACUAGCUGGCUGCCUUUUUUCUUCAAAGAUGUGAUACACAGUCACCAAUUAUCACUUCUCAGCAUUUUCUCCCACCUGCCCAUAAUUCUGUCUCCUCUGACAGGGCCACUGCAGCCUUAGCAUUUCCUCGAGUCUAGAGGCUUCUCCUUCUGCUCUGUCCCUAAAGUUGGCCUUUCCCCUGUCCUACUGAGUGAAGACAGGGCCCCUCCCCCAGGCAUGCAGACAUGCAGGUGCACGUGCUGGAACACGUGAGGACCUCCCCUGGCCCCGUCUCUUCCGUGGCGCCCUGGGCUGUGCCCUGUGAGCCCCACCUUCUGCCCGCCCUCCCCACGGGAAGCACGUGCUGGUCACACUGGGUCUCUGGGCAGCUGUGUGGGCCCCUUGGGGUCAGCUUCUGUCCCUCUGCUUUUCCUGACUUCCCUUUCGUUCAUCCACUCAAGUAAGGUUCACUGAGCAUCUAUGGGGUGUCAGCACUGUGUUAGGUGCUGGGGACCCCGCGUGAGAAGACAAGCCCCUCCCUAAGGAGCUUGCCGUUCAGCUGGGAAACCCGUGAGGAAAGAGUGGCUGUGAGGGGCUCCUGCCUGGCUCGCUACUGUACUCCUCUUCUGUACCGCAUUUCCCUGGAUACCUCACUCCCAUCACAUCCCUAAUCCUUACCCAGAACAGAGGGUGGGGGCAGAAACCUGGAGAGACGGACAAAGCCUCUCACCAUGACUGGGGAAUCUGAUGGUUUCCACAGUGUCUUUCCAGGCAUGAGCAGGGGGGCAGGCAGCCAAGGCCUGACAGAUCCCGGGAAGCUGAGAGCCACAGCACAGGGGAAGCCUGGGGCCUCUCCUCGCUGGCUGGAGCUUGAGGGCAGGGACAGCCCCCUCUCCCACCAUGGUGCUAUUCUGGGGCUGGGUAGCCACUUCCUGGCUUGUCUCGGGCCGGUCCCCAGCCUCUAGUGGAGUAAACUUCUGAUGAUCUGAUGUCCUCCUGUUGACAUCCCUCCCUUCACCAGGAAUGAAAGAUGUGGGGAUUUCUAAUUUAAAUGUGGGACUCUGAGGAACUUUGUUAACUGGGGGUGUAUUUUGGGGAAAAUAAAUGCCUUUGUAGAA